UUGACGAAGUGCUCGUCGAAGUCCGUGAACCGUCCGAAGAACGUGACCACACACUGUGCUACAUCACGAAGAACUCAGUUUUCUGGAGACUCCCGCACCAUUAACGUUCAAGAGGCAGCUGCUAUAGACGAGGCCCUUACGUGCAACGUGUGCGACCGGUCGUUCUCCACACGACGUCAACUUAGCGACCACCAACAGAAGAAGCGGCACUUUGGAUGCAGUUCCUGCGACAGUCUGUUUCCUUCAUUAAUGGCCCUGGAACACCACAAAGAGGAGUUCCAGCACUGGAGCGACUCCUCAUACUGCUCGCAUUCGGACAGUGAAGACAGUGACGAGUGUCACGAGGACCGCCACCGAUUACUCUAA